AUGCCAGGCAUCUUGAAGAUGAACAGCAGUGUGAACGGAGGUUCGGGCGCAAGAGAUGUGGACAGCAAAAAGCGGGCUCAUGACGGCAAGAUGGUCAAUGGCGAGCGCACCAUCGUCAGGAAAGACUCGCCUGCGAGCGCGCCCGCCGUGAGAACCCCCUCGUACAAUGGCGGAGAUGCACACGGGGCUACACCCGCCGUCAACCAGAUGGCACAGCUACCACCCGAUCUAGCCCACGUGCCCUCGGAGAAUUACCACUCCCUCUCGAAAUUAAUACAACGGAUCUCUCAAGAAACCUAUAAUGAGCUAAACGAAUGUCUCUUGCAGAUGAGAGAGUUGAAACCGCCUCAACUCAAUGGCAAUCUCCCGAAUGGACUCGGGCUGCCGAAUCCACAAGAUGCGGAAACCAGCAAAAACAAAAAGCUCCUACUGCUGAGAUUUGCGCACGACAAUAGAGCAAAGUUCAUCAAGUUGUUGGUACUUACCGAGUGGGGCAGGAAGGCAUCAGUCGAUUUGUCUAAGCUGAUCGAUCUUUUCAGUUGGGCUAGAGCUCAGAGCUACAGCCAGGACCGUAUCAACGAGCAGAUCGAAUUCAUGAAAUUUGUCAUGAAUGAUGCAAGGCAGCUGAACCCUGAUAUCAAAACCGCAUUGGAGAUCUUGGGAACAGGGAAGGCAGGAUGGAUACCUGAUAUGGGUUUCAUUCCGCCUCCUCCGAUGUCGGCAGACAAGGCGCUCAAGCUGUUACGGUAUAUGAACGUAUCGCUAUCUACCCGCUUAAUCAUCCACGAAAAGAUCCCACACCAGCUGUCUAAAUGGCGGAUAGAGAACGGUCGCGUAACAUUUAUCGUAGACGGCGAGUUUGAGUUUGACCUCAUGUCCUUUGUCGAAGAUUCCUCAGAUCAGUUCCACUUCAUUGAUAUGAGGUUUCUAUUUUAUCCAGCGCCAUCGAUCGCGGCAGACAGUCGAUUCUUCAACCGCCUCAAAUUAGGUGUUGAUAAUCUGCUUCGAGAAGAAGGCCUGGAGGCUUGUUUCGGUUAUCUUCACAACGUUACGCUUUCCCACAAGAUUUUCAUACUUUCCACACAGGUGAAUGAUUUACUACGGACUGGAUGGGCAGGUUCACUUCGGUCGGAAUUCGCGCAUCGAGUGUUGUGGAUCCAGUACUGGUUGAACAGGCCUGGAAAGAAGAGCUGGAUUGAGAUUGGUGUUGCCAGCAACAAGCCCAAGGACGGAAAAGUGUCGUGGCGAGGCCCUCCAAUACCGUCAAUAACCGCGCGUUGGUUCCGCGAAGGCGUGCACGUCCAGGACGUAGACCUCAAGCUCGAUUGGAACAACUUAUCCGUGGAGCGUGUGAUCAAGCGGGUCAUAGCCCUUCACGUCGGGCACCUCUUGCGGACUACGCACCAGGCCUUUGGUGCCAACGUGAGCGCACAAGUGACCUUGGCGGAUAAUGAACCUUCGAACUGUCGAUUGGCUGUUUCCAUUGGUUCGAAGGAAAAUACAACUUCCCUUUCUAUCGAGCCCAUUACCGGUAGAUACACGCUAAGCCCAGCGACUCCUCUUUCGAACCCCGCAGAGAUUGCGAUCAACCGUUCCCUCGAGCCAACAGUAACAAGAAACACAAUUACGCAAUUCCUAGCCCGCUCAAUUGCAGAAUCAAUCCAGCGGUAUUCACAACAGCUUGGAUGGCAGCCUGUUGCGCGUCAAGCUCUGCGCAUGGAGGUUGUAAAAGCAGCAGUCAACUUGAACGUUUUGAGAUUCACACUCUUCUGGCCCCGGGGAUGGUCAACAAACACAGCUCUAGCCGCAAUUGUGGACGCUACUGGUGAAUCGUGGUGGAUAUGUGAAAUUGGCGAAAAGGGAUCCACUAUCGUGCACGCACAAAAGAUCGCCAUUGAAAGUAUGGAUGGUCGACCACCUCCGAUUAAUCGUCCAACACUAUCACGCAUCGAGCGAGUAGCGAUCCACCAAUUGGCUUAUUCUAUAACAUCGCGUGCUCUUGGACAAGAAGGCAAGACAUACAGCCUCCGGUACGAAAUCGAACCGCCACGGCGUCCAGCGUCGUUGGACGGCGUUGUAAGAGGCUGGGCGUUGCAUGUCAGAACUUCGGAACUCCUUGGCACAAAGCCUGGAGACGAUUCUUGGCUGGAACCUGCGAUGCAAAUUACAGGCCAUGGCUUCCGCUCUGAUUAUCGCAAUGUCUGGCACAUUGUAACCGGUACUAUGGUCUCCGAAGCUGCGACCGAUAUGCAGAAACUCAUGUCCGCAUCACCACAAACCAACUUUACUUUCUCAGAAGGCGGCAAGUUCUCGGUUCUCUUGUCUACGCCAUUUGGCCAUGAGGUUGUCAGUGAACUGAAAGCUCGCUUGCGAGACCUGAACCGCCUACGCUCUUUCGCGACGACCCUUGAGAAGCGUAAGAUGCUGCUCAAGUCUUCGUCGCUCCAGCAAGUUGAGUUUCAGUACAGUCAAGGGCUCUCUGUGAAGGUCCUUUUCGGGCAAGGAACGGACAUCCAGGUCAAGUUUGGAGACAGGAACCCCCACAAUCGCAUACACAGCUUUCUCACGGACAUAAUCAACGAUCGGUCACCCGGUCUCUCACGUUCGUCCCAUGGCGACAACAAUGGGUUGGACCGAUUCUGUACGUCCCUCAUUUGGACUCGGCCCCUUCUAACGGUGCUCAACGAGCUCGAAAACCGGACUCCUGGCAAUGUCGACAACCCUGCUGUACACGUGCAUGAUCUGCGUACAUACCGCAUCACGUAUACCAACCCGCCGUGCUCCUUCGACUUCAAACUCAAGCCCAAGGACGAUCGGAUGCUAUGGGAUAUCGAAGACAACGAGGGCAAGCCAGCAGACCUGCGACCGAAGACUGAACGCAGCCCCCAUUUCAAGCGACUAGGUACCUUGAAGUCGGCGCUGCAGAAGCUGUUCAGGGAGAGGGAUGUGCGCUGGUGGGGAGUGCGCACGGGAAUCAUCGCUGAUAUUGACGGGAUUCCGGACGCGCUGAGGAGGCUAAAUGAAACGGUUAUUAGCUGCUAUGUUGAGGGUGGAGUCAAACAGGAGGUCGGCGACAGUGCUCCAGUUAACGCACCACCUGCCAGGCAACCGAACAACUCCAGUACCACAAAUCGACCUAACGGGAACAACGCUGCAAACGCCAAACCUCAACCCGGACGACUCGGUGGUAAUCAGCACGACGUGAUAACGAUCGACUGA